AAUUAAUCUUGGUGUUAUCAGGAGAUUAUGAUUAAAUGAGUCGCGUUAAAACGAUAACGAUUUAAAUUAUAUUUGAUUAUAAAUAAGUUAUUGAAUUUCAUUAAUUAGGUAGUCAUUUGGUGUUGAAACAUGAAGGGGUUCUUGGUUUUGUUUGAUGAUGUGAUUACGCGUGAAAGUGAGAUGUGCGUGUUUCCAGCGGCCCGCGAGUCCUCUGCCCUCGGUGAGAACCCCUGGGUGGUUCACCUGAGGAUGGCCAUGUCAUCAGGGACGACCCUUAACUCGUGCGCCGGGUCACUCAUCGGACAGCGUUGGGUGCUCACCUCCAUCAGUUGCAUCACUGGGCGUACUUUUAUCUGGGUCCGGUAUGGUGUGGUGGAAGUCAUCAGGCCGUCGCUGGUGACGGAGACCAACGCUGUCCAAAUGAAUAACGAGCUCGGUCUGGCCCUAAUCAACAUCAACCGUAACGUAGAAUUCACAGACGUAAUUUCGGCCGUGGGUAUCGCUGGCAGCGGUGCUGCUGUACCUGCGUCAGGCAAGUUCUGCGGCUUCGGUGCUUCUGAGAGUGGCGGGCCUGGUGAGAAUUUGGCUUGCUUCAACGUGAACGUAGAAGUCCAGGAGGACGGCACCCUCGUCGGGCAGAGCGAUGAACUAACCAGGUUCGAUCUUGGAGGAGCUCUGGUGGUAGACGGUGUCCAAUAUGGUGUCCUGGUUGAGGCAGGAGACAGGAACGUGUUCGUCAACCCAGCGGUAGCACGCGAAUGGAUUGAGGAUGUGACCGGCAUCGAUCUCGACGAUGAUGACGACAGUAGCGACGGCGAUGACAGCAGUGAAGAAAAUGGUGACGGUGACGAUGACGGAGUUGAAGAAGUAGACGAUGGAGUAGUAAGCGACGUUCGGUUCGUCGAUUAAAGUUUAAACGGAGACUACUACCGACAAUGAAAUAAAGCAAUAUACAAUAAACAGUUAUUUCUAAAUUCAAUAAAUGUUAAGCUACA